UGUACUUUUGAAGGUAUCCUUGUUGCGAGACGCGCGAAUGCGCGCUCCCCGAUGUCGAACAUGAUCCUCAGAUGCUUCGCGAUCUAUUCUCUUCGAUUGAUUUUACUCGCAAACGUUGCGUUCGCGUCGCAAGCAAAGUGGAGUGUUUUGUCGUGGUUGUCGUCCAGUGUUUGCACUCUGAUCGUUUUUCCAUCGAACACGCAGCAAUGGUCGUUGCUCGGCUUGAAUCUCUGGCCGGGCCAAACCGUCGAGAAACCUUCCGAUGGAUUCGAUUUGAGCGGAAACCCAAUCUCCAGGGUUCUGAACUUCUUUCCCACCCCGGUGCAAGAGGAGUGUCUAUCGCAGGACAAACGACGACGGGGCAUAUGCAUGAACACGUACGAGUGUCGCAUUCAACGAGGAAAGUCGAAUGGACGGUGCGCGCUCGGUUUCGGCGUAUGCUGCAUAUUCACGACAACUUGCGAGCAGGAGGUGCAGAAUAAUCUGACCUACGUGAUCAGCCCUGGUUUCCCCAACCUCAUUGACUGGCCCAUGAACUGUUCAGUAGUCGUGCAGAAGAUCGAUAGGCAGGUCAGCCAGCUCAGGAUCGAUUUCGUCCAUUUCAACAUAGGUCAACCCAACCCCAGGACUGGCGUAUGUGACGAAGAUAUCAUGGAAAUCAGAAAUGGCAGGAGCGUGUUUCAAAUGUGCGGUUGGAACAGCGGUCAGCAUCUAUACAUAGACUUGGACGAGGACGAUCAGUCCCUGACACUGGACUUCCGAUUACCUAGCAAUCUCCGAUCGAGAAUGUGGGAGAUGAGGGUUGUCCAGUUAGAUUUCGAGCAGCGUGCACCUACCGGCUGCCUCCAAUACUUCCAAGGUUCUAACGGCACCUUGAAAACAUUCAACUUCUUGUCGAACGGAAGAUUUCUGGCCGAUCAAGACUAUCUAAUGUGUAUUCGUCAAGAGAGAGAGAUGUGCGGAAUCUCCUAUACACCCUGUUCACCCGAUUCCUUUCGGAUCGGCCCUCCUAGGAUGCUGUUGACGAACAAUACGAAUUUGAACGGAUCGUCGAUCGACGAGGGUCCUAAUGCAAACUCGACUACUCGUAAUACGACCGUCGCAGAAUCUACGAAUGGAACGGAUAUCGAGGGAUCUGGAUCGAAUCCGAUGGAAGAAGGUGGAACCUCUAUGAACAUGAGUAAUACCAUGGAACAGGAAGUCGGUUCGUCGAAUGGAGCGGUUUAUGGACAGGAACGUUGCCGAGACAGGGUGCUCAUCCCCUGCGACUUCGAGGAAUUUAUCACGCCUGGCAACAACGAGGCCGGAAUUUGCAACCUUGAACACUGCGGCAACUCUCUGUGCGAUCGAAACGAGCUGGACGAAGAAGGUAACUGCCGCGUGGAGACCUGGGCAACGCCCUUUCGUAUUAGGGUGGCUUUCGGUCCUGGACAGGACACGGGAACCACUCUCGAGGACAAUAUUGGCAUGUGUCUCGUGUACGAGCAACUACCCUGCGUUGUCUGAAUGGCCUUG